GAGCAAACUCGCGCUCUCUUUCAACACCUCCAAACAUUAUCGCAACAAUAACACACAUUUCGACGCUUAAUAUCGUUGUGCAUCAUGCCUCGCAACAGAUCAGUAGUCCAGCGUCCGCAGCGGGGUCCAAGGCGAUCGAGCAGCUCAGCAGGACCGCAGCCUCCGACAAGACUCUUCAGUCGCGAAGGAUCGCCCAGCAAGAACGUUCACUUUUCCCGAAAUCUCAUCAUGGGCCCCCAUGAUCCAGCACGCCGUUCGCAAAGUCCCAUGCGCCCGGCUUUGCAUGGGUCGGGUGGUGCAGCUGAUAGUCCCACUAUUCAGUUACGGCAGGAGCAGGCUGGGGGGAGGACGACAGGCAGGGGGAGAAAUGGAAGAGAUGGUCGCACAGCAGCCGCAAGAAGAGGGACUUCAUCCAACAAUUCGCCAAUGAGACGCGCCAGUGGGGGCAUAAAGUCAACACCAAAAACGGCAUCUGGACAACGUGCAAGAGAUACUGAACAGUCCCUUGCCAGUCGCACCUUGCCAGCCGAUGAGUUGGACGAAGGUUGGUAUAUGAAAUCGCCCGAAGAGAAACACAGCCUCAUCUGUCAUGGCGUCGAGGAGCUCAAAUCAAAGAUUCGCAGCUUUGCCGUGAGCUUUCCUCCACCGCGUGCCGAACUAGACGCCAUGUCGUCGUUGCUGGUGGAGAACAAUGCAUGCUUGGUGCGAUAUAUCGGAUGCCUGGCACAAGGCGGCAAAGGCGGGCUGGAGGGAUGGAAACGACUUUUGCAAGACGAAACAUGUCGACAUGCCCUGGUAUUUGGAAUCAUUGGUCAAGCACUCAAGGAGAACGUCUUCUCUGCGCUGUGUUUUGGGGCGGGUGAAAAGUUGAAGGCUACUUUGGACAGAGCAGACGAAAAGUCGAUUGGGAAAGAAGGUUUCAUUCGCACGCAAGAACGAGCCGAUGAGAUUCUAAAAGGAUCUGCGCACUCGCUCACGCCGUCGGCCAUGAUCGCAGCGGUUGCUCCGGUGGUCCUGCAACUGGAGAAGAUGCUGCUCCCACUGUGGGCCCAAGGCGGGACAGAGCCUUCGUGGACGGCGAAGAAUAAACGACACGAGCUCGCUGAGAUUGUCAUGGCUGCCGCCGGCCUCAAUCAACGCAUGCGCUUGGACGGUGAGACCGUCUACUCCUGGCCACCCACAUUCAAAGACGAAGAAUUCGAGCCCGAGCGCAUGGAGAGCUUCAACCUGGCUGAAAUGAUUGCGCAGAGUCCGUAUAAGCGGAAGGAGAUUAACGGCAGCGAACGCGCCAUUCUACCCAAAGGCAGCGAGCACAAGAGUGAAGCUAUCGUGAGAGUCGUCUGCUUCCCCGGUCUGGUUGCUUAUGCUCAAGGUGGGGGUGAUGUUGCCAAACGAGAGCUUGCCGGGGAGGAUGAUCACGCACCACGAUCCAAGUCGAACAAGAGACAUCGCGCGGAGGAUGAACCAAGUGGCGACGAUGGCUUCCGGACGAAGGUGCUGUCGAAGAGUGUGGUGUUGCUUCAAUGGGGCAAACAACGCCUUCUCACCAAGGAAGCUGGCACCGGACGGCACAUUCAAGCGAUGAAGGAGGGGAGCAAGAAGUAUGAGGUGGAUUACGAGGGAUUUGUCGAACUGUACGACGUCUUUCUGAAGCGCACGCAGCAAGAGAGGGAGGCGUUGCAGCCGAAUGGAUCAUCUUGGUUGCCUGAUGUGAGCAGAUUGUGGUCCCCCAGCCGCUCGCCUUCGCAAGGUGCCUGAGAACUCUUUACAUGAGGUGGACGACGGAAUCAGUCCGAGGGGUGGGGCGGAAGAAGGUCCAAGCUCCUCAAGCAACGUGACUUCGAUUUCAAGUACGCCCAGUCUCCAUGUUGAAAGCUUCUCCUUCUUCGCUCACCACCUCGGCUCGAUGCUUGAUAACGAGGUUGCAGCAAUCAUGUAAGACGUCAAGGGUGCCGUCUUCU